CCUGGAGGUACCUGUGCUCCUGCAGUGUAUCGUUUGCCUGUCUGAUUCAGUGAAUUGUAUUAUGCCAUUUAUGGUGUACAUGAUUGUGCAAUGUUUCCAAACAAGCAUAAUCAUUCUAGGAUUUCCACGCAGCUUUCAAGUGACCGUUUCAACCGAUCAGUUUUCUAUUUGCAUGGAGAUUUCACCGACAAUGCGACAUAGGUUAUAGACAGCGUAGUGUAAAGACUGGAACAGAAGUAGAUCUACGAGUGGUGCACCGGUGCCGGUGGCGUGUUCACCGUUCUGGUCCUGAUCAUUCCCAGUGGAUUGUACUGAAGCGGAGCCUGAGAUUUAAAAAUUAGUAUGCAGUGACUUUUACGUUGUUAUUGUCACCUCGGCGGUGCAUUCGCUGACGCUGGUCGCGUGCGAGCUCUUAGUAAUAGCAGCUAUGAUGACAUCGGAGUGCAGAUACGGUGUGGAGAUGGGAGUUGGAUCAACUCACGUAAGACCGAGCACAUGCCAUGGCACAACGCGUUGGGCUGCCCAAGGCAAGAGCCAGGAGAUGAAUCAGAAAAAUGAAAAUGACUGAACAAGUGCGCUGUCAAACUGACUUUCGUGAGAUGUGUGUGUACGCGUGCCUCCGCGCCGGGACGUCAACUCACCGGAGAGCAACAACGCUGUGUAGGUAGAGUACCCCACACUCCACAGCAUCUCUGUGCCGCAAUGGACCCAACCUACGUAGACUCACUACAAAUUACAUAAUGGACCCAGCCUACACAGUACGCUAGCUACGCUGCUGAUUGUAACAUGUGUAAAAUACAUGCAUCACACUGUAAGCGCCCUGCGUGUAGAAGAUUUCAGAAGUUCAGACAGGCAGUCUCUGUUUGCCUGGGUGAAGUGAGGGUGAGACAGAAGCCCCACACAGGGCCACAGGCUGACAUCCCAUGGAUCCAUGGAGUGGAGUCCCACAUGUCACCUGGGAAAGCUGUCUGCACAUGGCAGGUCUGUGGUGGCGUCCUGGUUGCCAGUCCAGCAGUAACCAUUGGUAACAGUCAGCUGAGAGAAAGAGAGAUGGACGCACUAGCUGUGCCUUCGCACACAGUCAAGUCGCAGUUUGUCCAAGCAACUGACAAGUCGUCACUGCCCGUGAAGCAGCGGUGAAGGCUGACAACAGCUUUCCUCUGACCAGGAUUCCCACUGGGCUGUGGAGACACACAGCUGAUUCAUUGUUCGAAUGUCGAGGCACCGACCGUAGCUUGGAGGCCACCUCGCAAACCCGCAACAACUGAGGCCGUUUUAUAGUUGCGACAGUAAAGUUACUAAUGCCGAAGACUUCUUUGGGGUUUCAGUAGUUGCACGGUUCACAAAGGAGUCCAUCGUUCUCUGGCCUGAAGUUGUUGCUCUAUAACGUGGCUCACGGUUCGGACGGGUAGAUCCUGUGAUGCAGACGGCUGAGGUUGGAGUAAACCAUUGUCAGAAAACGGUUUACCGCUGAUAGCGUGGCCCGAGUGGCACUUGCACUGCUUGAUUGUGUUAUCUCGGAUUGCUGGACGUCAGCACCGAGGUCGCUCACCGGCUGGAGUAGUGGGUAGGUUUGAGCUACUCCUGCUUGCAAGAUCUUGUGCCGAGAAUCAGCGCUAGCUUGUCGGUGCAAUUUUAAAGAAUCGCUGUUUUCCCAGCUGCACUGCGGUGCUGCAGCCAUGCAGCGGCAGAAGAGCAGGCACUCCAGUAACCGUGCAGUGAGCUUCCCGGACCAAGAGAACGCCAGUAUGCUGCCCAGCAUUGGCAGUGCUGGACCCGGUGCAGGCAGCAAGGACAUGGACACGAUGGGCCUGGCACCGGCCAGCAAGGCAUCCACACCUCUCGCGCCGAUCACACCGCGCUCCAAAAGCCUGGACAAGGUCACCAUUGCAUCGGCAGAGUCGCACGAGGAGGCCAUCAAGCGUACGUUGGAGCUGAUGAACGGCGGUGGUGCAAAGAGCACGCCGAAGUUGCAGUCACCGGUCGAGAAUCGAGAUCAGGAUAGCUUUGCCAUGCCGCACGUAGCUGCAUCGAGAAAGGUGAGCAGCUCUUUCCUGCCCAGCCUGUCCGGCAGUAGCCAGUCGGCUCCGUACUACGCGGACGAUUUCGAGUCGGAGUCGUCCGGUCGCAGCUCUCCGACCAUGUCCGUACAGCAGCAGCAGCAGAGACGGCGCACGACACCACAGCUACCGCCGCCGCCGUCCCGGCAGCGUCCUGGCCCGGAGUUCUCGCGCACCGUCCUGGAGUGCACCGUACCGGAGAUGUCCGAGAGCCAGACCAGCCUCGUCAUGAGCAGUGAAUCAGCGGCGGUGCGAACGCCUGCAGGCAACGCUACUGCCAAGGGUGCACAGCAUGCAAGCCCACGUCAACACAAGCCGAAGAAACAGCCGGCGCCCUCCACCACUUCGCCUGGCUUAGCACUAACGGAUAGCAGUCACCUCGACGUACAGUCUAGAUCCCCAGUCGCCGUCAUUUCCCCUCUGCAGAAAGCCAACCAAGCUGUGGGCGCUCGUAGCAAUCAACCGGCGCUCGUAGAAUCCUUGCAGCCAGUGUCACCGAGUGAGAUGAGUCUAAGCAUGGCGCACAGCCGUCCCUUCUCCAUAAUGAGCAGCAGCUUAAGCCAAGUGUCGAACACGGAUGCCCUGCAGAAGGUCCUGCAUGACAUGAGCGACCUACUGGAAACCGUCUUGAACAACGAGAAGCUGCUUCUGGAUAUGCCCGGAUCGCGUAUCAGUGUCCGGGAACACAAUGCCCUGCACGACAUCACCGAGGCCCUGGUGGCCGUUCAUGAUCAGUUCACUGUCCGUAUGAAGCAGAUGCUCGAGGGAGGCAUCGAUGCCGGAUUCAUCGACCCCGACCUGCAGGCCGACAUUUCUCAGUUGCUGCUGGGUUAUCUGAGCCUCACUGCACGCACUGUGCGCGCACAGUGCUCUGCAAUGAAAGAUCGCAUCGCCAAGGAGACGAAUGCACGCCAGGGACAGCUGGACGAGGUCAAGGAGGACUUUUUGGCAGAGAAGAUCAAGUGGACAGCCGAGAUGGGCAAGACCAGAGAAAAUCUACAGGCACAAAAGGACCUAUUGGAGAAGCAACAGGAGAUGCUGCAGAGCGUGGGCACCUCACUGCAGCUGGAGCGCCACCACCUGGAGGACGUGAUCACGGAGCUACCGCCCGAAGUUCAACAGCAGGUCAAGGAAAGGGUCACGAUGCACCAGCAUCACCUCGGCAGCAUGACAACGCUUGGCAGCAGCUCAUCGCACGAGCUGCUAGCGGACGGCGAGCGACCGUUCCUGAACCGCAGCGUUGCCAGCCUGGCUACGGAGUCGCAAGUUGGCAUCGGCACAUCGCGACGAAGUUGUGUACCAGGUCGCACUGAGAUGUUCGCCCUGCGAGAGCUGCAGGAGGAGAAGAUGCGCCUGGAGAAGCUGCUGUGCCGCCAUCAGAUGGAGCUGAAGACACUGAAGGAGCAACACGACUGGGCUAAGUCAGGGAUGGCCGUCAUGAAUGAAACCAAGCGUGUUGCUGAGCAUCAAGUGGACCUGGAAAGAAAGCAAGCAUUACGGACACAAUCUGACCUGCAAGUGAAGCUGACAGCUUCUGAGGCCAAUGCUCACCGCUUUGAAGAGAUGUACUCGCUGGAGAAGAGAAAGCAAGAAGAGCUCUCCGCUCACCUGGUACGUGCCUCAACAGAACUGGAAGAGGCACGCGGCGAGCUCAAGGUCAAGGCUCAGAUGGCGCAGGAGCUGCAGUUGCUGCGGCAGCAACUCACUGAGCAAGCGACAGUGCAACAGCGACUUCGGACUCAACUGGGCAAUUCUCAGCGAGGUGCCCGAGAGAUGCAAGAACGACUGAAUCAAAGUGCCGCGCGGUGGGUCCGUUCCAAGAAGGACGAGGAGCGAGAGAGAAUCGAGAAGAAAUGGCAGAAGAUCACGCGCGACGCCGUCCAGCUGAAGAGAGCCAGUGCAUUUCAGACCAAUGGUGCGGCGGGAAAGCGGCGCUAAUUCCUUCUGGUGGGAUACGACACUUUGAUAUUCCGACUUCAGGGUGGAGUUCACCAUUUCACCAUUCCGCACCAUGGAUUCAUCUAUUUCUAUUUCGCGAGUUCGAACCACAUGGUUUAUGACACUUGUAACUUGAAAAGGUCUCACAUUCAUCUAACCAUUUUUUCUUGAGUUCGUACGAUGAUUUUUUAUACUUGUAAGGUUUUUUCUGCUGCGAGAGACAGAGAGACCCACUUGAGCGUAACCUAGAGAAUACUGUAAACGGCGCAUUGCCGAAGAGCUUGAAGGGGAUCAUUGAUUUUAGCAUUUCGACACAAUAACAUUUGAGAACUUUUAAAAUCAUCUAUAUGCCUAUGGUUAAAUAAUAAUCAAUCAAAUAAAAUGGAUGAUCAUUUGCAGCUGGAUACUUGCAAUAGGUGCAAUCUCUGCUCAA